AUGGAAAAACUCCUCCUGCUCCAGUACUCCCACUAUCUGGAGUUGAAUAUUAGAGGGCUGCUGGACACCCAGCUGGUCUGUGGAGACAACAACGCCCAAGGAGAGCCAGAGCCAGGGGUUCAACACAGCAGGAGGAGAGUAUUAACCUCCUAUUGUGAGAGUAGAGGAUGGCAACGGAUCUACGACAAGACGGAGGACUUUAAACUCAAGUGGUCCGAGACCAAAUCUCCUGUCUCCUACUACAAUUUCAAAGAAGGUAAACAGCUUCUGUACCAGAUCCCCAACAACAAGGUGCUGACCACUAACAUCGUCCUCCUUAGCAACCUAAGGGAGUAUGAUUGCAUCAGCAGCAAGGUCAACCACAGUCCAGGACUGAGGAGGUUGAAAAUUGAGGAGUUUUCCCCCGCUACCUUCCACAUGGAAGUGAGGGAUGAGAGAGAGGUUUUCUUUGCCCAGAGGGAAGGUAUGUGUGAUGAGGAGAUGAGCGUGUUGAUCUGUAAACCCAUGGGCCUUCAGCAGGCGGGCAUCUUCCUCCUGAAGAACCAGGUUGAUAUCUCAGCCUUUAGACUCAAGCUGCAGAACAUCGCAGAGAGUCAAUGCAACAGGAAGCUGCGUUUUCGCCUGCCCCAGGCAUGCAUCGUGCAGCGGUAUGUCCAGAACACUCUGCUCCUGAAGGCGAGAAAGUUUGACGUGUGCUUUUAUUUCCUCAUUGCCUGCGCCACACUCACACACCUGUUCUUUCGCCAUGGUUACCUGCAUUCCUGUGACCUUUAUGACCCCAACUCCCACAACAGCUCUUCCCAUUUGACCAAUCAGUACAAGCAGAAGAAAAACCCUCUGUACAGUGUGCUGAAGGAGGAGACCGUCUGGUUCAUGGACUGA